AUGCAGAAAAUAUUAAGAAGUGGGAACCAAAUAAGGCUCCUUUCAACGACAGUUGAUACUCAAGAAAUGGCACAUUUUAAAAAAUAUGUUAACUAUUGGUGGGAUGAAUUUGGAGAAGUAAAACCACUACAUGCUAUGAAUAAAAUUCGAAUACCUUGGAUUAGAGAUUCGCUUAUUAAUGGAAAAAGAGUUGCUGAUCCUACUUUGCCAUUAAAGGGCUAUUCAGUUUUAGAUGUAGGUUGUGGAGGUGGUAUUUUAACUGAACCCUUAGCAAAAAUAGGAGCUGAUGUGACAGGCCUAGAUGCCAACGAAGACUUAAUAAAAUUAGCCCAAUCGCAUGCUCGUCUCAACAAUCUAAAUAUCAACUAUAUCACAUCAUCAAUAGAAAACCAUGCUGGAGAGGCUUGUGGAAAGUAUGAUGCGCUCGUAGCAUCAGAGGUCGUAGAGCAUGUCACACAAAAAAGUGAAUUCAUUGAAGCGUGUGUAAAGUGUCUGAAGCCGAAAGGUAAAAUCUUUAUAACUACUCUGAAUAAAACGUGGCAAGCUAAUCUAUUUGGAAUUUUUAUGGCUGAGAAUAUUGUAAGAGAGAUACCACGAGGAACCCAUCAGUAUGAAAAAUUUGUAUCGCCGCAUGAAUUACAAAGGUUACUAGAGGAUUGUAAUUGUCGAACAGAACUAGUCCAUGGAAUUUUUUACAAUAUUAUCACCAAUACCUGGCACUUGUGCUCUGAUGACUCAAUUAACUAUGCCCUUAUAGCGAUGAAGUUGCCUCAGAGUUGA